AUGACUUCACCCAAAAUAUCUGAUCAAAAAUACUCGCUCUCUGCAAGCCCAGACAGGGAAAGUGCUAUAUCCCGAAACGCCGUGAGAAUGAUGGACGAGUUGAACCGGAAAAUAGAAGACAGCGGUUACAAGGCCUACCUAGGAAAAUCGGGCACUAGUGGCCCAUCCACGGCUCCUGUUGAUGAGUAUUUCGACGAUGAUAGCUUCACGAGCGAAGAGGAAGCUUCGAUGAGUAAUGAAAUGUCGAAGGAGUACUCUGAAUCCGACAGCUCCACGGAUGUCUCAGAGAGAAAACGAAUUCCCAACGAACUUUUACGACGUCAAAAAAAAGCCAAUAUGCGUUACAACGCCCUAACACCCCAUAUCCAGAAAUUAUUUCGUGACCCAGAAAACACGAUGGUGGAAGCUACUUUGAAAAAGGAGGGUAUCGACGUCAACUUCCUCCAAAACCUCGCAGAUGUGUGUCGUAAGUCCAAGAGCACGCCUAUGAAAACGGUGCACAGAAAAAUCCAACUCAAAGGCUAUCCACGGGAAUGGGCAAGUGAUAUGAUUCGGAUCUGUGUAGUCACUGAGGAUACGUUACUUGUGGACAUCUCCAAUCAAGUCAUGGAUAUUGAGGACUGUGUGGGGAAACUACAACGUUCAUUGGAAAAGAUUUUUGAGUACCGGAGCAGUCAGGAAUGA